AUGUCGACUGCUCUACUUCCCCUACCCGGCGCGGACCAGCCCGACGAGAAUCGUGGUCCACAGAUCGCCGGGGCAGUAGUAUCGACGACUCUAGCUGCGCUGAUCGUCGUUUGCGCAAGGAUGUAUGUCCGCCUACGAAUGAUUCACAGCAUGGGAAUAGAUGACUAUAUCAUGCUCGCAUCUAUGCUGCUGUCUCUUGUAGGACUGGCAAUUGUGAUUGCCGAGGUCCACUACGGAGCAGGUCGACACGCUGCAUAUAUCGACCCCGACGUGAAUAGGGUCGGCCUCAAGCUGAAUUUUAUAUCGCAACCGAUAUACUUAUGGGCGAUUCCCAUGGUGAAGUGUUCAGUGGGAUUUUUCCUACUCCGCAUCAGCCAGUCUGCCUUUUACAAGCGAGUCCUAUACGGCACCAUGGUAUUUCUCAUGGCGUAUACUUUCGUUUGCUUUAUGACCCUAGUACUACAAUGUAAAAAUUUGGCAAUCCUUUGGGAUAAUCGCAUUCAGACGACGUGCUGGUCACAGUCUACCCUUCAGGGGUUGAGUUACGCCAACUCAAGCGUCAAUAUUGUCACAGAUUUAUUCUUUGCUUUACUCCCGAUUCCGAUGCUUUGGAAUGUUAAGAUCAACUCCCGUACCAAGGCUUCACUUAUAUGUGUUCUUGGCCUCGGUGUAUUUGCUUGCGCAGCAGCGAUUAUCAAAGCGGCAUUUAUUUCGAAUUAUGGAAUAACGGGCGACUUUCUGUGGGACUCGGCGAACUUGACCAUAUGGGUUUCGACCGAAACAAACACGGGAAUCAUCGCAGCGUGUCUGCCAUGCAUAAAACCAAUGUUCAAGUCGAUAUUCGAUAGCACCAUCCGAUACGGAUCCUCCCACAAGAUGGACGGAUACAACCUCCGCGAUUACGGCCACGGCACUGGCGCUAAGGGAUCCAGAUUCUUACAAUCCCAAACGAGGACAGAGGUCGACGCUCGACGCGGAGCUGUCCCGAAUAGCUUGGCGGAUAAUAGAAGCGAGGAGAGCAUAUUAACGCAGAAGCCGACCGGGAUUACCAAGACAACCGUCGUAACAGUCGAUCGAAGCGUUGACGACCGAGGGGAAUCGUCAGGAUGGAAUAAAGACUAUCCCGAACGAGUGGUUGAAGACAGAUUAUAG